UUCUUCAGUGCGCCAGCCCGGGCUACGGACCGCUUUCGCCGUGGCUGUGCAGCGCAGGGAGCUAGCUAGUGGACUUUGUACCGGCUUCGUUUGUUGUAUGUUUUACCUCGGUUUUACAGUGUUUUUACUGCGUUUGGUCGUGGGUUACACCGUAUAAUACUCUACCCGUGAUAUACAGUAUACUGUGACGUUGCACUGAAAUCUGAGGGCUUGCUAUCGCGUUGUUCCAGACCGUUAUACGCUACUGCGGAGGAGAUAUACCGCAUCGAACGGGCUGUGCCGCAAGCUACCAUAUCUGCGUUCACGGAAUAAUUUGUGCACAGCACAGUCAGCCUCCCACCGGAAGUACAGAGCCAGGGAUUCCGGAAGCACAAGCGGGCUGACAAAAUUUUCAUCUCAUUUCAGUCAGAGCAAAGCGAGAGCUGUCAAGUCAAUUUUCCAUCCGGGCCACCGUGCUGAAAUCUACCGCCUAGUACACAGACAGACGCCCGCCCGCCCGGCCUUUUAAAUUCCCAGCGGACUUCCAUUGAACCACAACAACAACCGUACGUCGAGCAAAAAGAUGAGCUCCCGGCUUCGCAAUCCUUUCCGUAGCGCACAGGACCGCAUCCCCGAUCCUGAUGCAGCUAUGGCGCAUCUUCGACCCGCUGUGCCGCCCAAACCGAAACAGGAUCAUACAGAGCAGGCAGGCCAGCUGAUAGGGUUUGCCACCCUCCCCGACCAGGUCCACCGCAAAUCCAUCAAGAAAGGCUUUGAGUUCACACUGAUUGUUGUAGGAGAGACAGGUUUGGGAAAGUCGACCUUGAUCAACAGUCUGUUCCUCACAGACCUGUACAAGGACAAGGUGGUGCCAACUGCUGAAGAGAGAAUAAGCAAGACGGUAGAGAUAAAGAAGUCGACAGUAGAGAUUGAGGAGAAGGGAGUGAAGCUAAAACUGAACGUGAUCGACACACCAGGGUUUGGGGACUCACUUGACUGUUCUGACUGCUGGAAGCAGGUGGCAGACUUCAUCGAGGCGCAGUUUGAGCAGUAUUUCCGAGACGAGAGCGGUCUGAACCGUAAGAACAUCACCGACAACAGGGUCCACUGCUGCUUGUACUUCAUACCUCCCUAUGGACAUGGGUUGAGACCGUUGGACAGAGAGUUCAUGAAGCGGCUUCAGGACAAGGUCAACAUCGUCCCUGUCAUUGCCAAGGCCGACACCCUCACUCCCGCAGAGGUUAAAAAGCUCAAGGCAAAGAUUAAUGAGGAGAUAGAGAAGUGUGAGAUAAAGAUUUACCAGUUUCCAGACUGUGACUCAGAUGAGGAUGAGGAGUUCAAGCAGCAGGACGAUGCUCUCAAGGCGUGCAUUCCAUUUGCAGUGAUUGGCAGUAACACAGUGAUUGAGGUGAAGGGAAGACGGGUGAGAGGUCGCGUGUAUCCAUGGGGGGUGGUUGAAGUGGAAAAUCAGGAUCACUGUGACUUUGUCAAGCUGAGAAACAUGCUUGUAAGAACCCACAUGCAGGACCUGAAGGACGUGACCAGAGAUGUCCACUAUGAGAACUACAGAGCACAGACACUGCAGAGAAUGAACAAGGCUGUGUUCCAGAGAAAUAAACUGAAGCGAGACUCCAGCCCAGACUUUGCCAACGUCCAGGAGACAGACAGGAUCAUCCAGGAGAAGGAUGAGGAGCUGCGGCGUAUGCAGGAGAUGUUGGCCCGUAUGGAGCAGCAGCUCGAGGAGCAGAAACGUCAGUCCACUCAGACCACUCCUAAACACCAGCUCGUCAUCUAGGCACG